CUCGGGGCAGGCCUCACCACCUGCCGCCCAAUCAUUUCCGACUCCCUCCGGCCCAGUUCUUCACAUUUCCAAGUGCUCACUCGUGCGUCCGAAAGCUUGCGGCGGGCGCGCGGAGCUCCCUCCGGCCGGGCGCAGUUAAUGGAUGCCUGGAAGUUGAUGUACACAUAUAUUCAGAAAUGUUUUGCCACCUGAGACCUGUGAGGAGGCUGUGUCUGGAGAAGGUCUCUCCACGCUGGUUUUUCUGCUCGAGAGCUUUGUCAGGAGCUGAAGCAGUCAACGCCUUGAGGCCAUUCUAUUUUGCGGUACAUCCAGACUUCUUUGGACAGCACCCCAGAGAAAGGGAAGUCAAUGAAACUUCUCUUCAGAGAUUAAGUGUCUAUUUAGAAACCAUCCAGAAACCAGGCUUCCAGUCUUUGAAACCGACUCAGCUCACAUUCUAUGUGAGAGAGACAGGCCAGAACGCCUCUCACGGCCAGGGGCCCUUCAGUGCUUUCGGAUUUCGAGCAGUCAAAUUUACUUUGCACACCAGAGAUCUGCUAAGCACAGUGUUAUAUAUUCUCAACUCCUGCAGUUUAUCAAUUGAACAUGUCCAAAGCUUGAAUAGCAGUGUUCAUCCCCCGCCUCCCAAAGAGAAGAGGGCGCCCGACAGGCCCAUCAAAUGGGACAAGUCUUACUACGCCUUUACUGGAUUCAAGGACCCCGGUGAAGGCCUCGAGCAAGUCUCGAAAAGGGAAACAACCCUCUCAUCCUGGUUAGAUAACAAUGGAAAACAUGCUACCAAAAAGCUAGAGAAUAGCCUGCCCCUUAGAAAAGAACUCGAUCGUUUAAAAGGUGAACUCUCCCAUCAGCUGCAGCUCUCGGAUAUCAGGUGGCAGCGGAGCUGGGGCCUCGCCCAUCGCUGUAGCCAGCUGCAUAGCCUAGGCCGCUUAGCACAGCAGAACUUGGAAACCCUUAAAAAUGCAAAAGGGUGUACAAUAAUAUUUACAGACCGUUCUGGGAUCAGUGCAGUAGGCCAUGUGAUGCUGGGAACAAUGGAUGUUCAUCAUCACUGGACAAAGCUUUUUGAAAGAUUACCAAGUUAUUUUGACCUUCAGAGGAGGCUGAUGCUUUUAGAAGACCAGAUAGGCUGUCUUCUGGGUGGCAUACAGGUGGUUUACAUCGAGGAACUGCAGCCAGUGCUGACGCUUGAAGAAUAUUACUCUCUUCUUGACGUCUUCUACAACAGGCUGUCGAAAACCAGAAUACCUUUCCACCCUCGAAGCCUGAGCGGUUUACAGAUGAUUCUCAGCAGUGACAGGUACGCUCCAAGCCUGCACGAACUCGGGCACUUCAACGUCCCGACGCUCUGCGACCCGGCCAGCCUGCAGCGGUUCAUCCUCAGCAGAGCCCCGCAGGCGCGAGAGAACCUGAAGCGGAAAGACGAGUUAAAGGUUAUUGAAAAUGAAUUGAUACAGGCCUCAACGAAGAAAUUUUCCUUGGAAAAGUUUUAUAAGGAGCCCAGCGUUUCUAGUAAACAGAUGGUGGACUGUUGCAAGAGACUCCUGGGGCAGUCACUGCCCUACCUGCAAGGGAUGCACCUCUGCGUCUCGCACUUCUACUCCGUCAUGCAAGAUGGAGACCUCUGCAUUCCUUGGAAUUGGAAAGAUGGAGAAGCCGUUAAAUAGCACAGGGAACUGGAUUAUUUUUUAAAGAGAUAAGAAAGAAGCUGUUAAAUUAAACUUAUUUAAAUCCACAGUUUACUAGGACAGUAUUAUUUACCUACUACAAGAACAAAAUUUCUGACUGCUGCUUUGAACGUAGACCUAUUUUUAAAAAUGAAUUUCUGCUGGGAAACUUGUUUUAAAAAGGUUGUCUUCCCCAUCUUAUGGUGUUUCUUAUCUGAUUGGCAAGACUAAGUAAAAAGCUGUUGAGAUGAAAGAACAUACUUGUGGUAUGUAAGUGAGGGAUCUACAGAUUUAUAGAUAUAUAUUUUUAUAUGAGCGAAUGUGUGUAAGUAUGCAACCCAAUUCAACAUGCAACUUCAUGGUCACAUCCCAUGUAUCAGUACACACAGGUAUUUUGUAGCCAGUAUGGGCAGUUGAUGUGCAAAACAGAAGAUAGAUGGGUAGCAAAAUCUAGAUAACCAAACUUUGCCUAACAGAAAGAAUAGAAGGAAAAAAGCAAUUGAAUUAAUAUAUGGUAUUGAACAUCUUCAGUGACAGAGAAUUUAGUUUUAAACCCGUAAGUUUUCUUUCCCAUUGAAAUAGUGUAACUGUAGCAUGAAACCAACAGACAGCCUGUCACAGUACUUCCCCUGUGAAUUUUUCGGAAUAAUUCAAUGAGGUGACUCAUUUGUUACCAUGGAAAACACUACCCAGAAAAAUUCUUGUUUGUUUCUCAAAGAGUCCCAGCAAGUAGGGUCAAUUGUAACAUGGUCCCAGCCAUUCAGGACUUUGUCAACCCUCUGAGCCACCCCGGUCCAUGGCCUUGGGAGGUUCCUGCUGUCACAACACAGCCAGCAGCACAGGGCUUCUCUCUGCAGAUACUUCUCUUAGGCUGUUUGUAACCAGGUCCAAAACCUCUCCCUUGUUUCUCAAGAGGACACGGUAGAUCCUAGUUUGGGACACCAUUUCUGUGGCUCUUACUGCAAAGGAAUAAGGGAUUUUUUCCACGGUGCAUUAGGAAGGAAAGAUGUUUAAAACCAUUCUUGAAGUAUACUUUAAAUUCAUCUAAAACACUGGUUAUUUAAACUGUUUAAAUUCAAAUAUGUGUUCAAAAGUAAUUGAUUUGUAACUAUUAGAGUGUAUGUGAAUCAUCUCUUUUAACCUGUGCGGAAUAGCUGUACUUAAAU